AUGACCUCACAAGUCACAUACUUACAGGCAAGAAAGUCGCAGCCUGUGAUCGGUCCCUCAUGGGCCAGAAGCUUCUGCCCCGACUCCGAAACUUCUGCGGGUUCCCCCGCCAAGAGCUUCAUUGAGCGGCAUGGCGACACCUGCGAGCAGUUGCCACAUCUACGCGACGGUAAGUCAACCUACCCAAACAUGAAGGCAUGGCACAGCAUCGCCACGAUCCUCCAAGUUCUGCUUCUCAACGAUUCUUACCUCCCAGGCGCCCUUGUCCUCGCCCACUCGCUGCGUGACGCCGGCACCACCCAGAAGCUUGCUGUCUUCAUUACCCUCGACUCCGUGUCGGCCGAAGCCAUAGCGCUGCUCAAGACAGUUUUCGACCAUGUCUUUCCAGUUCCACGAAUACGCAACGAGCAGCCGGCGAAUUUGUACCUCAUGAAUCGUGCCGAUCUGCACUCUGCCUUCACCAAGAUUAACCUAUGGAAGCAAACUCAAUUUACUAAAAUCGUCUACAUCGAUGCCGAUAUCGUUGCCUACCGCGCUCCCGACGAGCUCUUCCACAUUCCCCAUGCCUUCUCUGCCGCGCCUGACAUAGGGUGGCCGGAUAUCUUCAACACGGGCGUAAUGGUCAUAACUCCCAACAUGGGCGACUACUAUGCCAUGCUGGCAAUGGCUGAAAGAAAUAUAUCCUUUGAUGGAGCCGACCAGGGCCUCCUGAACAUGCACUUCGGCCGCGGAUUCAACCGCUUGCCGUUCACCUACAACGUCACUCCCUCUGCCCACUAUCAGUAUGUUCCCGCAUAUCGUCACUUUCAGUCUAGCAUCAGCAUGGUUCAUUUCAUCGGCUCCAGCAAGCCAUGGCUGUCAGACCGCAACGCAUCGCACGGUGCCACACUUUACGACGAGAUGGUUGGUCGAUGGUGGGCAGUGUACGAUCGUCACUAUCGAUUUCUCGAAGCUUCAUCGCAGCAGCCGCAGACUUCUCCAGUCGAUUUCUUGUCAUCUUUCAUUAGAAGAGCCUUCCAGUCCGGGGCCAUUGUAACUAAGGAAAGCCAUAAUGGAAUUAUCAUAAACGGCCAUGAUUCUGCCGCAGCAAAGGAUGAGACCAGUUCGCAUCAGGCUCCUGAGUCCUCCAAAUCCGAUGGUACAGCGCAUCCUUGGAACCACUGGCCACACGAUUUUUCUGCUUAUACUUUGUACGCACUUGCAGGCAUUGAAAUCGAGGCACAAUCAUCACCGUCUACCGGUGACAGAUGUUCUGCCGAGGUGGAGAAUGUUCAGGAACCGAUGUUCACGCCUAGUUGGGAUGCUCAGAGAGUCUGGACGGAUAGGCAAUCGCCCCCUCCAGGGUCCAAACCAGAGGCGGCCAACUUUCCUGCAACCCACUACGAGAUGUCGACUGACACAGAACCAUUCAUACCUCCUGCACGCUACCCUAGCCCUCCACGAAACAUGUGGUACGAGGUUCCCAAAGAGGCUGCACUGUUACCGACCAAGCAACCACGUCAGAUAUUCCCAUGGGAAGUGGACCGGCCCAAACCAUCAAGAGCCUUCGCGAACGAGAGGCCAGUAGUAGUUCCAAUAGAGCAGGAAUCGUCAAGCAAUCUUGCCGGCCCAUCCCAAUCCCAGGAAGACGAGCAGCUAUCUCCCAUGUCCACUGAUAUGGCAGCGUCCUUCAACUAUGGGAACUCAUUCCCACGGGUCAACGCCUGGGACGAUGUGCCAGAGAUUGAUCGCUAUGUCGAAAGGUUUCGGCGGCAUCAUCGUGUGGGCAGUCAGCAGGCUGUAGGUGGCUUUUCCGGUCCACUGAGUCCUAUAGCCGCCGACUUGGCAAGCAAGAAGCUCCCCAGCACAAAGGUAACCGACUUUCCUAGCGCCGAGGAACGGCCCAGUCUGCCAGUCACCCCAGCACCCAUUCAGCCAGCAUUAUGGACCCAGGGUGUGACGGGAGAUCACGAUAAUAGAGGAAACAUACCUCUUCCAGAGGCUGAGGGUGUUCCGGUACAGACAGCAUGGGACCCAGCCGAACAACUCCAAAAGCUUGCAAUGCAGCAGUCCGAAGCUCUGCUACGCAGACUAGGCGGCGAUGAAAGUCAAAGGAAUCGCGAGAUUCCCUCACGGCCACUACCCUUCGGGUCCGACCCGAUCACGUCUCCUACACAUGUUGUGUGGGCUGCACCGCCGGCCGUCUUGAGUCCACAGCCCGUAUCAUCAGUCAAGAACCUGGUCCAGAAUAUGAACAAGGCUGACGAGUUUGUCAUCGUGGGGGCAGAGGCCACCUUGAGUGGAGCUAGGUUGAAAAGACGAGGAAGUCCGGCGCCUACUUCAGAGGACGCCAAAGCAUAA